AUGGCAUCUCAAGAAAGAACCCAGUACUCAAGCUCCAUCUUGGUGAGUCAAUCACCAAUUGAUGCUACAGAGAUUGUUAGGGUUAGAUUGAGUCAAGCUAAGUUGCUUAAUGAUGAAUUUGCUAGAUUUUUCAAGAACUAUCAAAGUAUAAAGUCAAAUUAUUUGAACCAAUUGAAUAGAUUAAUCAAAGAUUCUCAAGAUUUAAACAAAAAUAUCGAACGUGGAAUCAUUGAAAAUCAAGUCCUAAGUCGUGAAGAGUUAAAAUACUACAAUGUUGAUGCGAUUGGCCAUUUGGGUCAAAUAUGGGGUCAAGUCAUAUCUGAAAUUAAAGAUGAAGUUGCCACAAAUUAUAGAUUGGGUCAAGUUAUAGAUCGUGAUGUUAUUUCACCUUUAAGUCAAUAUACUUCCAAGGAUAAAAGAUGGGGUGAAAUUAGAGGUCUUCAUGCUAAGUUGAGUGAAGUUGCUCAAACUAUUGAAUUCAAUCAAGAUAAAGUUGAAAAAUAUCAACAUUCUAAAAAUCCUGAAAAGAUUGCUAAAUAUGAAUCUGCUUUACAAAGUGCUAAUCAAACUUGGGAUUCUGAAGCCCCAUUUGUUUUUGAAUCUUUUGAAUGUACUGAUUUUGAUAGAUUAUCAUUCUUAAGAGAUAGUUUAUUAAGAUUCCAAACUGCUUACUCUGAUGCUUUAAAUAAAACUUCACAAAGUAAUGAAAAAGCUCUAGAAACAAUUUUAAACUUCAAUCCUGAAACUGAAAUCUCAAGAUUUGCUAAAGUUUCAAGUGAAGCUUCUUAUAUUCCAAAAGAAGCUAGAAAAGCUGCUGAAUCUCCAAAGAUUAAUCAAAAUGAAUCUGGUACAGUUGCUGGUUCUCACUCACAUGGUCAUGUUCAAGGUCAUGGUUCUCAAGCUGGUCCUCCAUUAGGUACUGGUUCUGCUUUUGGCUCAUCUGCUGGUAAUCGUCAAGCUUCAGUCUCUACAACUGCUACAACCCAAACUCAAAACAACAAUAAAAAGGCAACAAGACCUGAAACUUCAUCAUCAUCGAGUAAAGAAUCUAAAUCAAAAGGUAAAUUAAAAUCAAAAGUUGGUUCAAUUUUUGGUAGAAAGAAGAAUAAAAAUAAAAAUUUGGAUAUUAGUGAUACUGUUCCAGAAUCUGAAACUUCUUCAUUAGCAAGUGCACCAAGAACUAAUACAAAUAGAUUAAGUAGAGCUUCUUCGUUAGCAUCACGUCUCAAAACUCAACCAAGUGGUAAUAAUUUAGCUCCACAACAUCAACAAGAUGAUAUUUCUGGUGGUCAACAACCAAAAGGUGGUUCAAGUGGUGUCACAGCUGUUGGAGCCGGUGCUGGUGCUGCUGUUGCAGCUGGUGGUGCUUAUGUCGCUUCACAUUUAUCAAAUGAGCAACAUCCUCAACAACAACAACAAUCACAACAACAACCAAAACCAAUUUCCAAAAAUUCUGGUGCUGGUUCAUAUGGUCAACCUCAAAAUCAACAAUCAUCUUCAUAUCCUCAACAACAAAGACCAUUAGGUCAACAACAACCUUUAGCUUCACAAUCAACUUCUUCUAGUGAUGUCCCAUUAUCAUUAAAUCAACCACCUUUAAAACCAACUUCAAGAGCUAAUUCAUCUGCAAAUGUUAAUGGUGCUUCACCAACAAUAUCUAAACCAGUUGAAACAACUCAACAAACUUUUAAUGAUAGAAGACCAUCUGAACGUUCAUAUUCUGAUACUAAUAGUUCUUUGAAUCAUGAUCAACAUUCACAUGAAGCCUUACAACAUCAACCACCACCAUCACAAAUUCAACUUCAAUCAUCUGAUUCAUUAACUCAAGAUCAUCGUGCUCCUCCACCUCCACCAUCAAGAAAGACUCAACAAUUUGGAUCUCAAAACUUGACAAAUAUUCGUGAAGAUGGUGAUACUUCAUUUGGUUCAACUCAAAGUGGUCCAGCUCAUCAUGGUUCUGUUCCGCCACCUCCCGCUGUUGCUGCAUCAUCAUCAACUCAAGGUCAAAGACGUGAUAUUCAAUCAGGUUUAUUUACUAAUUUAAAUCAAACUGAUAUUGAAAAUCAUCAAAAUAAAAGAAUUUCAAGUUUUAAUAGUUUUGGUGGUGAUUCAAUUAAUAAUUUAAAUCCUCAAUUAACUGGUUCAUCAUUAACUUUAAAUCAUCCAGGAUUAUUCCAACAUUCUGCAUUAACUCAACCAGGUUUAAAUGCUAGUGUUGCAGAAGUUAUUAAUGCUAAAUUUAAAGAUGGUGUUCAAAUUAAUUCACAAAUUGUUGGUGAAAUUGCAUUUAAUUAUUUAAGUGAUGGUUAUGAUAUUCCAACAAGAUCAAAUUUAAAAAUUCAUGGAUCACAACAAUUUGAUAAAAUUAUUCCAAAUAAUCAAUUUUUAAAACAAAUUGAUCAUGAUGAAUUUGAAAUUAUUCCUCAUUCAAUUUUAUCACGUACUUUAGGUGGAUUAAAAUAUUUAAUUAAAAAUUCUAAUGCACCAAUUAUUGUUCAUCCAGUUUGGAGAUUUGAACCACAUCAAGCUAGUGUUAUGUUAACAAUUAAAUUAGCUCCAUUUAUUGCAGAACAAUUAGAUGCAGAUGAAGUUGUUGAAAUUAAUGAAUUAAAUGUUUCAGUUGCAGUUACAGAUGCAUUAACUACAGGUGCAUUAUCUAAACCACAAGGUACUUUUAAUAAAGAUAAAAGUAGAAUUAGUUGGAAAUAUAAUCAAUCAUUAAAAUUAACUUCAACAAGUGAAGAAAAAUUAGUUGCAAGAUUUUUAACAACUACACAAGCAAAAGAAUCUUCUCAAGGUGUUGUAUUAAAAUUUUCUAUAAAUAAUGAAAAUGGUGGUAAAUUUAUUACAAGUAAUGUUGAAUUAGAAAGUCAAAAUUUUACAGAAGAUGAUCCAUUUGCUCAAGAAACUUGGAAACCAGUUCCAAGUGCUAAAACAUUAGUUGCGGGAUCUUAUUCAGCUUUAGCUUGA